AUGCCCAAAGGGCUGAGGACCGAGCGUGAUUGGAACGUGUUCAAUUAUUGUUCAACGCAGUACAUGAGGCUGCUGACUUCGCCUGACGCUACCUCGGAAUUUCGAGAUGUUUCUUUUGUAUUUUCAAUCGGGUUUGACGAGCCGUGGGUGAUCCAUUCUGCACUGGCUCCAGCAGCACUUCACGCUUCCUUUGCUUCCUUGCUUCCCAAGGAGGAUGCGAUGCUGUACACUCAAAGCGCUCUACAGGGUCUCCAGCAGGCGCUUCAGCCCAAGACGGGCCAAAUCCCUCCCGAAGACGCAUUUCUCGCAGCGUCACUAUUCCUCGGCGUGUUUGAGGGAGGUGACUUCUACUCUUCUUCGUGCAGCGCCAGCUUGACACACUAUCGCGCCUUAGCUAAGAUGCUUGAAGAUCGCACUGCGAAGAUUCCCCAGUUUGAAAUUGGCCAGCUCUCGAUCUUGCACUCGACUCUCCUCGAUUCCGUCCUAUAUCAUUUCUCUACGAGGUUGAUAUUCGAGCAGGACAUUGAGGCUACCUGCAGAUCAUUUCCGUCCCAGACUAUCAUCAAGUACAUCGAAGCAUUGGAGGUAGCUAAAAGAGACAACCGCGAUGAGCCAUUGAUCCUACCUGUACUUGGUCGGACACCGGCGGCGUUGUUCGUCCAAAUCUACCAGAUUACGUGGUUAAGCAGACAGAUCCCUUUCAGCCAUCAUGAGCUCUAUGAACUCGCUUCGCAGUGCCUGAUCGAGCUGGAAGUCCUCGCGAAUAAUUAUCCGGUGGUCAUUUCUGACAACGUGCAGUGCUUGGAAUCCGGUGCCACGGGCAACCGAAACAACUCCGUGAUUGCGGCAAAGCUCUAUCACCUCGCGGCGCAGAUCUUUGUCGCCAAAGUUCUGCAUCCGGAGGGGCUGAGCAACCAGUCUCCACAGAUACAGGCUCAGAUAUCUCAAGGGACGGCGUUGCUUGAGAUGUAUGAUGCGACCUUACCUUGCGGACAGUUCAUCUGCUGGCCUCUACUCAUUCUCGGGUGUGCAGCAUGCCCGACGACCACAUCCGAAGCGCAACAAACUCACGAGGGCGACAUGCCCGCCCUCCGUCGAUCAGAAUUGCGAAGUCUCAUCCAGAGGAAACUUGUGCAAAUCUGGCAUGUCUCAUAUUCUGGCUACGUGAAACGCACCGCAAGCGCCCUGAAGAAAAUAUGGCAACUUCCCGCAAUACUGACCAAAACCUCGGUCGAUAUAUGUUCUGCGAGUGAAGAGGUUACGUUCGAUGGACUUAUGGCGCUGUUACACAAAGAAGGCUUGGGAGCGGGCCUCGCAGUCGCAGAGAAUGGCUAG